GUUUCUAACAACAUAAACUUCCAUAGAGCUAUCUUUAAUAUCCUUACACUGGUUCAUCACAUUGUUUGCUGGAGUUCUUCACAUCAAGGUGUUAUUGAGGGUGUGGGAUCUCUUCUUUCUCCAAGGAUCCGUAGUUUUGUUUAAAGUUUGCAUCGGGAUGUUGUUGUUAAAGGAUGACUUAUUGAGUGACGUUGACAACUCAGCAGAAAUAUUCAACAUUUUAUCCGACACACCUUCUCUGGUUGAUGAUGCUUCGGUGCUUAUCGAAAAAUCAGAAAGAAGUGCUGGUUCCCUCACACAAGUAGUACUCGAUGCUCACAGAAGAAAACAUGAAGCUUAUUUAUUCAGUGAACAAAAUAACCAUGAGGUACCACGGAAACAAAUGAUAAGAAGAAGGUCAAUGAUCGGGAAGAUUAUUUCAGGUUCUUCUGUGGACGAACAAUUUGAAAACCUAAAAGCGAAAAACAUCAAACAAACGGAGAUGGUUUCGAACUUAAAACAAGCGAUACAGAAUAUUAUCCAACAUUUUCAAAACAUGGAGAAACAACAAGAUAUGAAUGUUCAUCCUGAUUAUUCAAGUGAAAGCCACAAACACGACCACGUGGAUUACCUUAACGUUACGCAACAACGUCGACAACGAGGGAAAGCUUUGCUCAACUUUGAACGAAACGACGACGAUGAACUCGGUUUCAGGAAGAAUGACAUCAUAACUAUAAUCAGCAUGAAGGAUGAACAUUGUUGGGUUGGUGAGUUAAAUGGAUUACAAGGUUGGUUUCCCGCUAAGUUUGUUGAACUGCUCGAUGAAAGAAGCAAAACUUACAGCAAAGCUGGGGAUGGCAGUGUCAACAAAACCAUAAUAGAUCUUGUGCGGGGGGUAUUUUGUCCAGCAUUAGCAGCCAUAUUUGAGCAUGGUUUGCGGAGACCUGUGUUGUUGGGAAGUGCUUGCCACCCAUGGCAGUUUAUUGAAGAAGCUGCAACUCAUGAAGUGGAAAAAGAUUUCGAUUCAGUUUUCUCACGUUUGGUGCUUUGUAAAACUUUCCGACUUGAUGAUGAAGGUAAAGUUUUAGCACCAGAGGAGCUUUUAUAUAAGUGCAUACAAGCAGUGAACAUGUCACACAACAACGCACACGCACAGAUGGAUGUUAAACUACGUUCACUUAUUUGCUAUGGUCUUAAUGAGCAAGUAUUACACUUAUGGUUGGAAGCAUUAUGUUCCUCUACCCCCGUAGUGAGGAAGUGGUAUCACCCAUGGUCAUUCCUACUAUCACCAGGGUGGGUUCAAAUUAAAUGCGAGCUUCGAGUUUUAUCAAAGUUUACAUUCUAUCUACCACCGGACCAUGAGCUUCCAAAAACUAAAGCGUCACGUGAAACAUUAAAGGAGGGAGUUCGUGAUAUGUUGGUUAAACAUCAUCUGUUUAGUUGGGAUCUAUAAUUGUGAUGUCAUGAUGAUGUAAUUCCUUAUAAUGUCAUUCAUUGUGAUGUCAUUAUUUAUACCAUGAUGUCAUACAAUUUAUGUUAUAAUGUCAUGCAUAUUGUGAUGUCAUUUUUAUGAUUUUUUUCAUAUUAUGAUGCAAUAUAUAUAUUAUAAUAUCAUUUAUAUAAUGACAUACCCAGAAGAAGUUAUUUAUAUAAUUUACGAACCGGUACCCUGUUAGUUAUUUAUCCACAACAUCGGUAUAGUGUUUGUUAUUUAUUUCAAGAACUAUGUUUGCACAAAGUUGUUUAUAUUUGUAUUUAGUUGUAAGUUUUGUAAAUUGUUUAACGCUUGUUUUAAAAAUAAUGUUUACAGAAUUCUUUAUACACAGAAACUUGGAUUUUGUGAUCUUUAAUUUUAUAAUUUUAAUAUUUUUUUAAUGAAUGUGAUGUUUAUGUUGGCAUUGUUGUUCCAUUGUUUGUGUUUAUUAUAUCACAAAGAAUUUAUACUUACAUUUCAAAAAAUUAUGUCGUUUUAUUUUUUCUUGAACUUUAAAUAUUUUCAAAGAUUCCAAAAUUUAGUUUUGUUUGUUGUAAUAUAUUUGCCAAAUAUUGUGUGUUAGUUGUAGUUGAAUGUAUUUGCACAGCACUAGUUAUGUAGAAUACGGUGCAAUGAAACUUCCGAAUAUUGUUUUGAUUGUUGUAGACGGUAUGUGCAUUAAUAAAUAAUAUUCUUAGAAAAAAA